AUGCCUGGGCGUCACCGUUCGAUGGCUGUCAGCCCCGAUCUGGCGGAAUGGAGCAAGAAGGUCCUUGGCCCUGAAGUGGUGGCGGCUUUGUUGCCGUCUUCUGAUAUGGAGCUGGGGGAAAUGGAUUCUGGCGAGGUCUCGGUCGAAAGACAGCCCUCCCCUAAGGAACAAGGUUUGUUCGGAUGCCCUUCAGAUGUUUGUGAUAAUGCCGGAUCCGGGAAAUCUGGCGUUAGCUGUGGCGAACCGCCGAGGCGGGAAGCCACCCCACGACAGAUCUUCUCGGAUAAAGGGGCCAACCCGUGGCGACGUCCGGUGCACAUCCAAAUUGAAUGCCCAAAUGAGAUUAAGGCCUUAGCUGCGGAUGGCAUUAAUGUCACCCUUAACUUGGAGCGUGUAAGGGACAAUGUUGCUUCGCUGGAGCAUGCAAUUGUUGGGAAGAUUCUUGGAAAGAAGGUCUCCUUCUUUCUGCUGAAAACGAAAUUGGAAAGGCAAUGGGGGGGAUUUGGUGAAUUCCAACUCACUACUAUGGCGGCGGAAUGCUUUAUCUGCCGUUUCUCCUCCAAUGAAGCGCGUGAUGCUAUGCUUUGCGGAGGGCCUUGGUUUAUUGGGGGAUGCUUGGUUGGCCUGGAUCGGUGGACUCCUGGUUUCUCCCCGGCAUCUAUGGAGGGUCUCUCUUCUCCUGUUUGGAUUCGAUUACCUAAUCUCCCGCUGGAAUAUUGGGAUGAAUGUAAUAUCUCCCGCAUUGCCUCUCGCAUUGGGCUGCCCAUGUGGAUUGAUGCUCAAACUGAUAACUGGGGGCGGCGGGAAUAUGCCAGCGUCUGUGUGCGGAUGAACUUGGCUAAUCAGCUUUUGACUGGCAUUUGGAUUGAGGGCCUAAAUGGCCGGUUCUACCAGAAAGUAGAAUAUGAGGGUAUUGGGCUAUUAUGUUAUGGCUGUGGACGCGUUGGCCAUCGCAGGGAUGUCUGUCCCUCGAAGCCGUUGGCUCAAGCUACCAACUUGGGUAAGAAAUCGAUUGAUCCCCGGGACUCGGUGGUGGAUAGUAAUCGUGAUCGCUCGGGUGGUCGGCAGAGCGCUGUCAACCCUUCCGAAUUGCCCAAGCCGAAUGGCUUUGCUCCGGUGGCUUCCCCGUCUGCCCCGGAGUCCUCCCCUUCUAAGGAGACUGGCCCGGACCAUGUUCCUGAUCUUAACCCCCAGCUGGAGGAGAAUUCCGAGGAUCCUGUGGGGCCUUGGCUAUUAGUUCCGCCACGUCGCCGCAAGAACGUGAACCCUCCUCUUCGGAACAAGGUGAGCAACGGCAAUUUGGCUCUGAGUAAACCUCCGAAGCAGGUGGAUCUGGACAAGAUUACAGCGCCUAUCAACUUGACCAAGCCGACUAGGAAACAAACAAGAAUGGGCAUCAAUCAGACUCUACUUUUCUCGGCCGGAACUAAGGUUGGAGUGUCGGUGACUAAUCGGUUCAAUGCUGGGCUUGCGUUUAGCCAGGGUGCGGUUGAUUUUGAACUCCCGCGUGGGGCCCAUAAGAAACAAACUGGGCACUUCCUCCGUAGCCUCGUCGUUAGUCACGAGGUGUUGUUCGUCGGUUUGUUAGAAACCAAAAUUGAAGUGAUUUCUCGCUCUGAUGUUGAUGUCCUUAUUGGGCCUUGUUGGGAUUUCGUCCACCACCCGGCUAGAGGUACUUCGGGUGGCUUACUAGCGCUCUGGAGAAGGGACGUUGUUCAAUUCGAUGCCUUUAGAAUGACGGAUCAGGCUCUUGUUGGCCAUUUGGUUCUCCCGAACCUCCAACGGUGGUGCCUGGCUCUUGUUUAUGGUGGUAAAGACUACCAUACCAGACAUGGUCUCUGGGAAACGCUGGGUUCGAGCAUGGAUGCGGACCUCCCGGUUAUGGUGGGAGGCGACUUCAAUUGCUGUCUUGAUCAAAUUGAAAAGAAAGGUGGUCGUAGAUUUGGCUUUCCUGUGGGUGCGCAGGAAAUGGCUGCUUUCAUGAGUUCUAACGACCUCCAUGAUCUGGGGUUCACGGGACCCAAAUUUACUUGGUCUAACAAUAAGGCGGGCACUAGUAAAAUUUGGGUGCGAUUGGACCGUAUCCUGAUGAACUCUUCUGAGCUUGACUUGGCCCCUUUGGCUUCGGUCAAACACCUGAUUCGCCUUGCCUCGGAUCAUUGUCCUCUCCUUCUGCAGCUGCUGGAGUCCCUCCCGAACAGACCUAGUAAAUGGAUCAGAUUUGAGGACACUUGGCGGACUUAUCCAGCUACUUGGAAGCUUGUGUGGAAGAAUUGGUCCAAGCCAGAUCAUGGGAUGCUGGCUGAUGUGCUUAACCGCAAAUGCUCCAGAACUAUUCGGGCUCUCUCUUUCUGGAGUCGCAAUCGUUUACAGGAUCUGGGAACUCUGAGGAAGUCUCUUGAGGACCGGUUGGCUGAGCUCCAGCUGAUUGAUUGCUCUGAGGAUGGCCUUUCUGCGGAGGAGGACCAUGAAUUGCGGAUGAAGGCUUGCGAACUGAAUGCUACGCUUGCUCGGAUGGCGACUUGGUGGAGGCAACGGGCGAAAACCCGGUGGAUUGCGGAGGGAGAUUCCAACUCCCGUUUUUUCCAUUCUUUUGCUACAGCCAGGCGGCGGGGCAACCGAAUUGUUGAUAUCCUGUGCCUCAAUGGGGAGAGAACCUCUGAACCUGCUGCCAUUCAGGAUGAGUUUAUGAAUUUUUUCUCUCUUAAGUGGCAGGAAAGAUGUAUCUCCUUGGAGGAUUGGCCGAAUCUCCGGCCGGAGAACUUGGUCCAUGAUAACUUGAAGGGGGAGAUGGAGGCUGAGGUCACUGAGCUGGAGAUCCGGCAGGCUAUUUUCAGCAUGGGGGAAAACCGGUCGCCGGGACUGGACGGUAUCACUGUUUCUUUCCUUAAAUUUUAUUGGGAAAUCAUUAAAGUUGAUGUCAUCCGUGCUAUUCUACAUUUUUUCGAAUCUAAUUCCAUGUGUGAUAGCUGGAAAGACACGUUGGUUGUGCUCAUUCCUAAGGUGGACAAUGCUAAUUCUCCGUCUAAAUUCCGACCUAUUAGCCUCUGUCAGUCUUUUUACAAGGUGGUGGCUAAAGUUCUUAUCAACCAUCUCAAGCCGUGCCUGGGGAUUAUUAUUAGUGAGGAGCAAGGUGCUUUUGUCCCGAGGAGAUCCAUUUCUAACCAUGCUCUUGUGGCUCAAGAGGUGAUGCAUAAAUUCCAGCACUCACUCCAACGGGCGGGUAUGAUGGCUCUGAAGAUCGAUAUGGAGCAGGCAUACGACUGUAUGGCUUGGGAUACUUUGAGACAGAUUAUGUCCCGAAUGGGCUUCCCGGCUCGGGUUAUUCAAUGGGUUACCCGAUGUGUCACUCGACCUCGCUUUACUUUGAUGAUUAAUGGAAAUAGGACUCCCUGGAUUGCUGCGCAGUGUGGUCUCCGCCAGGGAUGCCCGUUAUCCCCCUAUCUCUUUAUUCUUUUCUCCGAGCUUCUGUCGUUGGCCUUUAAACUUUGGGGAGGGAACCUGGGAAUUCCCCUUGGCAGAAAUCCAGUUAAUAUUUCGCACUUACUCUACGCAGACGACAUCCUUGUGUUUGCUGAGGCCAACCGUUGCAAUGCUAAUCGUAUCAGGAGCAUUCUUGCGGAUUACUGCUGCUGA